AUGGGGGAUCAAGACAAAGAAAGGGGAGGUGAAGAAGUGAAGUACCGUGGUGUGAGGAAAAGGCCAUGGGGUAAGUUUGGGGCAGAAAUUAGAGACCCAACAAAACCUACGGGAAGACAAUGGUUAGGGACAUUUGAUACAGCAGAAGAAGCUGCUAGAGCUUAUGAUCGUGCAGCCAUUGCUUUGAGAGGUUCUCUUGCAAUCCUUAAUUUUCCCGAUGAGUACUAUUCUCAUCUACCUCAUGUAUCCUCGUCGUCUUCUACUAAUGUUGUUGGAACUUCUUCUACUUCACGAUGGAAGGGAGUUAUUGAAUUUGAGUGUUUGGAUAACCAGGUUUUGGAAGAUCUUCUUGAGUCAUCGGAAGUGAAGAAAAGGAAUUAUGAAGGCUAA